AUGGGAAGACGAAAGACAUCCAAGCAGCACCACCAUGGCCAGCGGGCCUCCAAGGGCGACAGCAGCAGCAGUAGCAGUAGUUGUACUCAUCAUAAUCCUCAUCAAAAGAGCUGCGACGCACAACCCGCCGCCGCCGCUGGUGGACCCAACACGUCAGCGUCGUCAUGUGCGCCGCUGCCCUCGCUGUUCGAGGCGGUGCUACGGCUGCCGUGGGACUACGGGCUGGUGCCCCUGGCCUCCCUCCUCGCGCUCUGCGCCCGCGCCCUCUACUGGGCCGCACGCGCCCUCCUGGUGGGCCUCAUGUGGGCCUCUCUCGUCCUCCUCGUCGACCUCGUCCUCCUCCGCCCGCUCCGCCUGGUGCGCCGCGCGCCCCACGCCCUGCGGGAGGCCACCGCCGCCCUCGUCGCCGCCCUCGUGCCGGCCUACGAGGACGCGCGCGCCCUGCGGUCCGCCAUCGCGCGCCUCGAGAAGCGCCUGAAGCGCACCGAACAGCACCUCAAACAGCAGAACAAGGCCCUCCACCAGCUGCAGCAGCAGCAGCGUGGCCACCACCACCAGUUGCCCUCUUCCCCCUCCCACGACGAGCGGCGACAUGUCGCGGAGGCGCGCCAGCAGCAGUUCGAGGGCGUGCGGGACCUCAUGCGCGUCAAGCUCAAGCCCACGACCAAGCUGUCGGACGUGGUGGUGGACGAGGAGGCGUGCGGGAGCAACAGCAGCUUCAGCGGGGGCAGCUCAAGGAAGGCCCCGCGCGGGCUGAGCGUGUCGCUGGCGGACAUCACCAACGUGCAGCUGCGGCGUUCGGCGGCCCGCCAGCCGGCCCACGGGGCGGGCGCGCGCGGUUCGCCGCUCAAGGUGCCGGCCGGGUUCCAGCUGAAGCGGGUGCAGGGCAUCGAGCGCUCGCCCGGCGGCACCCCCAUCCGCCCAGACAUCGUCAAGUCGUCCCACAACAACACCGUCGACAAGUUCGCCAUCGCCCUCAAGAAGAAGUUCGAGUCGUCGUUGAUCAGCUCGCCGCCUCGUUCGGCCCACGCUUCGCCUGCCUGCUCGCCGAUGGCGCCGGGCACCCCCAUCUCGCUGAACGCGUCGUUCGCCCGCUCGCCCAACAACCUCUCGGCGUGCCUGUCCCCGUUGGCCUCCUUCCUCGACUCGUCCGUCAUUUCCCCCAUCCGCGCAGACAAGCUCUAG